AUGUAUCGCGAGAGCAUUGCAGGGCUGGCACUCGCGGCUGCACUGGCGGAGAUUCAACCUGCCCUGACACCGCGCCAAGAAGAGGCGAUAUGGCGCGUUUUCAAUGCGGCAGUGCAGGCCGCAGUUGCUGAUGCGCCUCUCAUGUCGCACAUCUCCGUGCAAACCCCACCACCUAGUUCCGUGGGUGGAGGUGGCUACGCUGCGGUGACUUCGGUUACUUCAGAGCUUUACGUUCCUGCCGGUGCGGAGGACGGAAGUAAGAUAGAUGUUGAGGAGCGAGCCGUUGGGAAGUCCACUGCAGCGCCGCAGGAGGGUGGAGCGCCGUUUGACGACAGUCAUAUCGCCUUUCCCGUGUACCGCUUGGUGGAUGACGAGUGGACGCUGCUGUUGAAAGACCCCACGGUAGUGGUACGGAACGAGCUUGGCGUAUCUGAGAAGAUCCAACUGGACUACCUUCGAGUGCGCCUCAAGGACAUUGGCGCUCAGGCGGGUGCCACACAGCCGAAGCAAGCACGCGCAAUGCGACAGCACCGCACGUGA